GAUUCGGACACCUCGAACAUCACGAUGAAUUUCAAAAUAGAUAUACUCCCUUAUCCCCUCUUCCAUUUCGCUUCCACCCGCGAGUUUAAUCGUGCUGCUUCUCCGGAACAUACUUACCAUGCAGGACCCUGCAAGAGAAAUCGUGGAUAUCAUUAUUAAUUUGACUGCCGCCCUGGAUCCAGAUACGCAAAAAGCUGCAGUCGAAACGGCCUACGCUCCGGAUGCAGCGUUUCGUCACCCGUUUUGCCUAGUUCCCGCAGGUCCCCAUUCUCGGGACGCCAUACUCGGAAUAUACCAAGCAUAUCGCGUUCUCUCGCCAAAAAUCGUGAUACAAGUCCCCAGUGUGACAUACGAUGCAGAUAAAGACGAGUUAUUCGUGGAAGUUGUGCAGUAUUUUCAACUACGAUGCUCUCCUAUUAAUCCCGCUCCUGCGAGGUUGCUGGUCCAUCUCAAGCUCCGGCGAAGCGACGAGGACUCAAACCUUCAUGUCAUAGCCGAACAUGACGAUUUUUAUCACCCCGACGCCUUGGCAGCUCUUCUGUUUCCGCCUUUGGUACCCGUCGUUCGCGGCUUGUUGCGCGUGUCAGCGAUGGCUACUAACAUGCAGUCUCGCCUUGGUGCCUUUUUAGGGGUGUGGAAAGUCCAAGGAGAUGAGGCUAAGAAGACAUCGUGAUGCUGAGUGUCUUAGCAACUUCUUCCUCCCCGUCGACAUAUUGCCCACUGUUCCUAUGCUAUGCGUCAACACCCAGACAAUAAUGAUCCCCAUUUCCA